AUGGGGCCUCGAAAAAAAGCCUCCACAUCCGAUCCGCUUGUCUCCCAUGGAUGCCACUUUGAACAGCUGGAAGACACUCCAUUGGAGGAUCUAUCUGCUGAAGAGUGGCGGGAACAUCGUGUUUUUGAACAACUGUUAGAUUCUUAUCCAGGCCUCCUUGAGCGACUAAAAGAUGGUUCUGAGGAGGAAAUCUUUCAUGUUGGAGAGCUUAUUGGCAAAGGAGCCGCCGGCGCCAGAGGCGACGACACAAAGACGUUGAAGUCUGCGGUCCUUGACUGGAUCUCCCCCAGGGGGGAAGCCAUACAGCCUCCGUUGCAUCAAAACUCCAAGAUCGACUGCAGUUUCAACCAUGAACUCACCGGAUCGCUCCUCUGUCCUGCUGGGUUAGACUGGAAUGACCCUCGGAUUAAAGAUAACCUCCGAAGUGGCGAAACACUGGUCUGUGGGGACCAAUGGCCCAUUUUUGUGUAUGCCAACCACGUUUAUGACUCUGAAGACCCAUGGUGCGGUCUUCUUAGGAGUCGCUUGCUAGUAUAUGCCUACAAGCAUGUUUUCAUGUCUCCAAGUUUGGUUGACAGAGAGCCAAAAGCUACGCGAUCUGGAAAUGCCCACCUCCAUGGCAUGAAUUCAGUCACCAUCGCUUCCCUGGCUUAUAUCGCAACUCAGGUGCGAUUCACUCUAAGCUCGUCCUUCGUGUUCUCGUGGACCGACACAACCACUGACUCCAAAACAUUUUACCAUAGCCUCCUCGACCUCUUGGAAGACCCGGAGGAAUGUAAGGAAGUUGAUGAGUUACUGACUUGGUGGAACCGGUAUUUGUUAUCAUCCUUCACCAUGUUGCUAAGGCUGAUUAUCAACAUUGCCACUCAUGCAGCCAAAAUGAUGCAAUAUAAUAACACGCUAGCUCAAAGUUUUCAAAGUUGA